AUGAGUCUCCGGGAACAAGAUCUAGCAAGGCAAGCAAAAACCAAUAACACGCCCUUGAAGUCUAUAUCCCUCACACCGACUGAUCCACAUGAAGUACGAAGUAUUGUUAUGGGACUCAGAUCGCAUAGUGCACCAGGAUGGGACAAAAUCACUGCAACAAUACUAAAACAAAAUAUUUUAACCCUUGCCUUACCCAUCACGUACUUAUGCAAUAAGAGUUUGGAAACCGGUACCUUCCCGGCCAAUUUUAAAAAAGCUGUGGUUUGCCCAAUAUUUAAAUCGGGUGAAAAAAGUGAACCAUCAAACUAUCGACCCAUAUCUCUAUUGUCAACGAUGUCAAAAAUAUUAGAGAAAAUAGUUAACAAAAGGCUAAUCAACUAUCUGGAAAAAAAUGAAAUGCUAAGCAACUGUCAAUUUGGUUUUAGGGCAAAAAAAUCAACGGAGGAUGCUGUUCUAACGCUGGCAUCCAAUAUAGUAACAAAUAUAGAGAAAGGUGACAAAUGUUUAGGAGUUUUUUUGGAUCUCCAAAAAGCUUUUGAUACUGUAUCUACACCGAUUUUGUUGACACGGCUUGAAAACGUUGGCAUAAGAGGAGUCGCUCUGGAAUGGUUCACAGAUUAUCUAACAGGCAGAUCACAAUGUGUGCGAGUGGCAGGAAUCGAAAGUGACGGCGCCGUCUGCAGAUACGGUGUACCGCAAGGCAGCACACUCGGCCCUACUUUAUUUAUCAUUUACGUUAACGAAUUAUGUAAUGUUGCUACUCGAUCGAACAUGGACAUCAUUAUGUUUGCAGACGAUACAGUUUUGAUCUUUCAUGAAGAUUCCUGGGACAAGGUGUUUCAUGCAGCAGAGCAGGGCCUAUCUAAAACUACUGCUUGGCUAGAAGAUAGUCUUCUAUCGCUAAAUGGCAAUAAAACAAAAUAUCUCUGCUUCAGUAAAUCAGUUAUGAGCCAACCAUCUGCAAAACACAAUCUUAAAAUACACAUGUAUCCCUGUAAUCGUGGAGUGAAUCGCUCUAAAUGUGACUGUGCAACCCUAUCUCGUGUAGCUUCCAUUAAGUAUCUAGGUAUAACAGUAGACGUCCAACUUACCUGGGGCCCACACAUAGCGGUUGUGACAACUAGAAUAAGAAAAAUUAUACACAUAUUUAAAAAUCUACGUAACAUCGGGGAUGUAGACCUCUUACUAGGGACGUACAGAGCACUAUGUGAAUGCAUCAUCAGAUAUUGCAUCUGUGUAUGGGGAGGCGCAGGUAAAACUUACCUUUUGACGGCAGAGAGGGCCCAGCGUGCGGUUCUAAAAGUGCUGAUGUACUUACCGUACAGGCAUCCCACUACAGCAGUAUACGAAAAGGCUGGCGUCCUCUCUGUAAGGAAAAUGUUUAUUUAUGAGAUCCUAAGACGCUACCAUAAAAAAAUUAUGUCAACCUUACUUGUGUCAAACAAACGUGUAGAACGUUGCCCGGUACCUAGAACAAAAAGUGCUUCUGGGCAAAGGCAUUUUAAUUUUCUUGGCCCCUACAUAUACAAUAAAUGUAACAAGAUACAAAAAAUAAAAAAGCUCAGUCAUCUAAAGCUGAAAAGAGUUGUACAUACCUGGCUGAGUACAAUGGACUACGACACUGUUGAAAAUCUAUUAAGAGUCGAUAAGUGA